AUGAAGCGCGGUCUCGACGAUUUCGAAAUCUCCGACGACGAGUGGGAGGAGCAUUCCUCCUCCUUCAAGCCCUCUCGAGUCCUCAAGAAACCUCGAACCCCAACGCCGCCUCCAAUUGAGUCCUUCGCCUUCCGAGCGUCCUCCCCCAAGCCCCAACAACUCUCCGACGACGAUGAUGAUUGCGUCGAAAUUAAAAAUGAGUUGGAGGACGACGACGUCGACGAGGUUCAGGUUAUCAGGCCCGUCAAACCUGGCCGUCGGUUCGUCAUCGAGGACGAGGAGAGCGAUGGAGAUUGGGUUAAUAUAGAGUCAACGAGUGAAGAAGAAGAAGAAGAAGAAGAAGAAGAAGAAGAAGAAGAGGCAGAGGAGUUGGAGGAGGAUGAUGUGGUUGGCAAGGCUUUGCAGAAGUGUGCCAAAAUAUCGGCCGAUUUGAGAAGGGAGCUCCAUGGCUCGUCGGCUCCCGCUGUGUCUGAUCGUUAUGCUGAAGUGGAAGCUGCCUCUGUGAGGAUUGUCACUCAGGAUGAUAUUAUCGCGGCAUGUAGGUCUGACCAUUCUGACUUUCAACCUAUUCUCAAGCCAUACCAGCUGGUUGGUGUUAACUUUCUUCUUCUGCUGUAUCGAAAGGGUAUCAGUGGAGCCAUUUUGGCCGACGAGAUGGGUCUCGGGAAGACCAUUCAGGCUAUAACAUAUUUGAUGUUAUUGAAACAUUUACACAACGACCAGGGUCCACAUUUGAUUGUCUGUCCUGCUUCGGUUUUGGAAAACUGGGAAAGGGAACUGAAGAAGUGGUGCCCGUCAUUUUCUGUUCUCCAGUAUCAUGGGGCUGCGCGAUCGGCAUAUUCAAAAGAAUUGAGCGCUUUGGCCAAAGCUGGAUUGCCGCCUCCUUUUAAUGUUAUUCUCGUGUGCUAUUCACUAUUUGAAAGACACAGUGGACAGCAGAAAGAUGAUCGUAAAAUUCUGAAACGUUGGCAAUGGAGUUGUGUGCUUAUGGACGAAGCUCAUGCUUUGAAGGAUAAAAAUAGCUACAGGUGGAAAAACCUAAUGUCUGUUGCACGAAGUGCAAACCAGCGUCUAAUGCUGACAGGGACACCUCUACAAAAUGAUUUACACGAGCUCUGGUCUAUGCUGGAGUUUAUGAUGCCAGAUCUUUUCACUACUGAGGAUGUUGACUUAAAAAAGCUAUUAAGUGCUGAAGAUAGAGAUUUGAUUGGCCGUAUGAAAUCCAUAUUGGGACCAUUUAUUUUGAGACGCCUAAAAUCUGAUGUUAUGCAACAACUUGUUCCAAAAAUACAGCGGGUUGAGUAUGUUGUCAUGGAAAAGGAGCAAGCAGAUGCCUAUAAAGAAGCCAUUGAGGAGUAUCGUGCAGCUUCACAAGCUCGUAUUGCAAAAACCUCAGAGGUUAACUCGAACAGUAUCCUUGGAGUUCUUCCCCGGCGGCAGAUCUCCAACUAUUUUGUUCAGUUUCGUAAGAUUGCAAAUCAUCCUUUACUAGUAAGGCGUAUUUACAGUGAUGAGGAUGUUGUUCGUUUUGCCAGAAAGUUACAUCCAAUGGGUGCAUUUGGCUUUGAGUGUACUUUAGACAAAGUAAUUGGGGAACUUAACAGUUAUAGUGACUUCUCUAUCCAUCGGCUUUUACUGUAUCAUGGUGUCACUGAUAAGAAAGGAUUUCUUCCAGACAAAUAUGUUAUGCUUGCAGCAAAGUCUCAGGCAUUGGCUGAACUUCUUCCUUCACUGAAGCAAGCUGGGCAUCGAGUUCUUAUUUUUAGCCAGUGGACGUCAAUGCUUGAUAUUUUGGAGUGGACAUUGGAUGUGAUAGGGGUUACAUACAGACGACUUGAUGGAAGUACUCAGGUGACUGAAAGACAGACGAUAGUUGAUACAUUCAACAGCGACACAUCUAUAUUUGCAUGCUUGCUGUCUACAAGAGCUGGAGGCCAAGGAUUGAACUUGACUGGAGCUGAUACUGUAGUCAUUCAUGAUAUGGAUUUCAACCCACAAAUUGAUCGACAGGCUGAAGAUCGUUGUCAUCGCAUUGGCCAAGUGAAGCCUGUUACUAUAUACAGGCUAGUCACCAAGGGUACAGUUGAUGAAAACGUUUAUGAGAUUGCAAAAAGGAAGUUAGUGCUAGAUGCUGCAGUCCUGGAAUCUGGCUUGGAGAUGGAUAAUGAAGGCGAAACAUCCGAGAAGACCAUGGGAGAGAUAUUAUCGAAACUUUUGCUUGGUUAA